GCGCGAUCAACCACCGACGUGUGUUUACGGUCGGAGCUCCAGCGGAAGCUGCGAGGCCUGGCUGCUGCGGGGCGUGGGAGCUGCAGUUCGGAGGUCCACCUGGAGGUCAGAUUUGAAUGGUCCAAGUAUUCUGACGAAUGCGCCGAGAAUGCGUUGAAUUGAUUCCACUUCGACGAAUUUUGGCUUCGGGAAUGAAUUCGACCGUGCUGCUCUUCCUUCUGACUGCGUACAUUUUGGAAAUUGUGCUUGGCCAGCAAGGACCGGUGUUCGUUCUCGAGCCACCAAGUACCCUGGACUUCUCCAAUACCACGGGCUCCCAGCUAAGCUGUUCUGCCCAUGGGAGUCCGACGCCGCACGUCACCUGGAUAACUAGCCCAGAUCAGAGACCGGUCACUGCUGUUCCCGGGCUUAGGCAGUUACUCGGGAAUGGGACCCUCUACUUCCCGCCGUUCCUCUCGCAGGAUUUUCGCGCGGAGGUGCACAACGCAAGGUACAGAUGCCGGGCGACCAGCUCCGUGGGGACAGUGCUGUCUCGGGAGGUUACCCUUCGUGCCGUGCUGACGGCGCCCGGCUACGACGUCUGGGUGAAUAGAUCCCCGGUGGUGGAGGGUUGCAACGCGGUUUUGUCUUGUACCGCGCUGGAAGACGUCAAAGAACACCUGACAGUCACUUCCUGGUUCCGCGACGAUGCUAUUCUUCUGCCUGGCAGCACCGACACCGGUGGGCGAUUCGUGGUCACGUCCCAGGGCGACCUUCAUAUCAGAGCCGCCAGACAAGAGGAUGCCAAGGCCACGUACUCGUGCUUGACUCUUCACGCAUUAACCAGCGAAAGGAGGAGAAGCGAGCCCGCAACGUUGACAGUAACAGAGCCGAGCGGAUCCAUGGCGCCGAGACUGAUGCAGGGGUCCCAGAUCGCCAUCUCUGCGGAAAGCGGCUCGGACGUUCACAUCACUUGCUCUGCCCAAGGAAACCCGCCCCCGCAAUUUACCUGGUAUCGCGAUGUUAACGGACACUCUAUAUCAGUGGAAUCAUUUGGCCAGCGGAUCCAACUCUGGGGCGAUUUGAUGCAAAUUCGUCGCGUGGACGCCCAGGACGCGGGAAAAUACAUUUGCCGAGCCAGCAAUCAGUUCGGCGAGCAACGGGCGGAAACACACCUGUCGGUCACGUCGAAACUUAACGCGCGGAUACAGCCUCGUGUUCAGACCAUCAAUUCCGGCGAGUCCGCCACUAUGAAUUGCACAGUGGAGGGUUAUCCGGUCGAGAGCGUCGAGUGGUUGCACGAUGGUGUGCCGGUAUUGACGCAGGACACGAGGAUCAGAUUGCUGCCUCCUCUGGUCCUCGUGAUAGGCUCGGUCGGCCGGAAGGACAAGGGGAUGUACCAGUGCCUCGUCAGAAGCGACAAGGAGAACGCUCAGGCCACCGCGGAAUUGAAACUCGGAGAUACUGUACCGGAGCUGCAGUACACGUUCAUCGAGCAGGCCCUGCAUCCAGGACCACCGGUGUCGUUGCGAUGCUCGGCGACGGGAUCACCGCCGCCAUCGUUCACUUGGCUUCUGGACGGAGAACCUCUGAGCGAGAUCGCUGCCGGACACAGGUACGCGAUAGGCCAAUACGUCGAUCAGUCCGGCGACGUGAUCAGUCAUUUGAACAUAUCAUCGGCCGGAGCUGAAGAUGGCGGCCUGUACGCCUGCGUCGCGCAAAACACGCUCGCCACCGUCGAGCACAAAGCCAGAUUGAACAUCUACGGUCCACCGUAUAUCCGAUCGAUAGGGCCGGUCCGCGCGAUAGCCGGUGUCGAUACCACCAUCGCCUGUCCCUACUCUGGCUAUCCCAUCACAUCCGUCGACUGGUCUCGUGGCAGUGCCGAACUGCUUCUCGACAUAAGACACCACCUUUACACCGAGGGCCACCUUACCAUCGCCAACGUCGACCCCAACGACGCUGGCAUAUACACUUGCAAGGUGCGCGGACAGUCCGGGGAAACGGCGAGCAGGGACAUCAGGCUAACAGUCAGCAGUCCGCCGGUGAUGAGUCCCUUCAAUUUCCCGACGAACCUGCAGGAAGGUGGCAGGGCCCAGGUCACCUGCAGCGUUACUUCCGGCGACCUUCCCAUCGACUUCUCCUGGCUCAAGGAUGGCGAGAAGCUACCCUCUUCUUUACACAUCGAGGAAAGCGUGGCGGAGUUCUUCAGCCUGCUGGUGUUCAACAAGCUCUCCUCGAGACACAGCGGCAAAUACACCUGUGUGGCGAUGAACAGCGCGGCCAAGGUGAACCACACGGCCGAACUACUGGUGAAGGUGCCGCCGCAAUGGGUGUCGGAGCCGCAGGACGUCGCUAUCCUCCUAGGCAACCCUUUGAUCGUCUACUGCGAGGCGAAGGGGUUUCCGCCGCCGCAGGUCACGUGGCUGCGUGCCAGGGGUCGAACUUCCAAUGACUAUCAACCUCUGCUCGAUGGAUCCGAUGGUAGGCUGGCCAUACUGCCGAACGGAUCGCUCUGGACCGCCUCCGCAGGACCUCAGGACGAAGGACACUAUCUCUGCCGGGCCAACAAUGGCAUUGGAUCAGGCCUUAGUAAAGUCAUCUACGUGUCCGUUCAUGAGCCGGCGAGAUUCGAGUUCCAGAGCAAAAACGUAACGAUCCGUCGCGGCGAGUCCGUCAACCUCGACUGCACCGUCAUCGGCGACAAUCCGAUCAAUGUGCAGUGGAUGCAUAACAGCGACCGCUUAGAUGCAAACAGCCAUCGGCAGAGCAUAAGGCAGAUCAAAGCGGAGAAUGGACUGAAAUCCCAAUUGUCUAUAGGGAGCAGCGAUCGACAGGACUCCGGGGUCUACAGGUGCACCGCUGAGAACGCUUAUGGCAGGAGCGAACAUCUGAUUUAUCUGGCGGUUCAAGAAAGGCCAGAUCCACCGGCCUCGCUGGAAGUCAUAGAAAUCGGCUCGCGAUCGAUACGAUUGCUGUGGAAAAGAGCCUUUGACGGAAACAGCCCGAUACGGAAUUACGUUAUUCAGUAUCAGUCCCUGAAUCACGGUUUGACGGACGAUUGGAACCCGGCGAAAACGCACAAUGUCACCUACACACCGGGAUCGACCGGCGCCGGGAACGCGAUCCAUCCGACCCAGAAUGGCUUGUCUCCUUUCGAAUCGGCCAGCGAGAAUCAGGAAGUGGCUCUUGUCGGCGGUUUGCAUCCCGCUGUGACUUAUACGUUUCGCAUAUUCGCUAUAAAUUCGAUCGACAUCAGUUCGCCCACGGACGCCGUCGUGGCGAAGACCCAGGAAGAAGCACCGACCGAGCCGCCGCAAAAUAUCAACGUGCAGUCGGCUGGUGCCGGCGAACUUAUGGUUAGCUGGCAGCCACCCCCGAAGGAGUCCUGCAACGGGGAUUUAUUAGGCUACAUAGUGACGUGGUCGGAGCAUUCAUCUUCAACGUCGGGCGUGAACCAAAGCAAAAGUUUAACCGUGAACGGAUGGGCGACCGUCAAGGUGCAACUAACCGGCCUUAGGAAGUUCACCAAGUACGACGUAUCGAUCAGAGCUUUCAACAGUAUAGCCAGUGGCCCGGCCAGUGUUCCCAUUGUUGGGACCACUCAGGAAGGAGUGCCGGAAACUCCACCGUCGCAAGUCGCCUGCAUAUCUCUGUCAUCCCAAAGCGUGAAGGUCUCCUGGAGCGCUCCUCCGCCGCAUCAACACGGCGGAAUCAUCCAGGGCUACAAAGUGUACUACCGACCAGUGCUCACUGACAACAUGGACAUAUCGACGGUCGGAGAGGUGAAGAAGACCUCCAGCGUGGAGACCUACCUGCACACCCUGUACAAGUACACGAACUACUCCAUCAGGGUGCUGGCUUACACCGGCGCAGGCGACGGGGUCCUGAGUCCAGCAAUAUUUUGCAUGACGGAGGAAGAUGAGCCCGGUCCACCGGCUGGCAUCAAAGCCUUAGCAUUAACGGCGGAGAGCAUAUUAGUCUCAUGGUUGCCGCCCCUGCAGCCGAAUGGGAACGUCUCCAAGUACACGGUUUACAGCAGGGAAGCCGGCUCCAGCAACCACAACGCGCAUACCAUGCACGAGCCACCCUCCUCGCCCACCGACACCCUUACCAUGGAGCUCAGAGGCUUAGUGGAAAGACAACUGUACGAGUUCUGGGUGUCUGCGACUACUGGCAAGGGCGAGGGAGAACCGACCACUACCGUGACGCAGACUACCAACACCAGAGCCCCAGCCAGAGUGGCGUCCUUCUCCCAAGUUCUGAGAAGAGCGAUCAAGUCCUCGAUUACACUGUCCUGUCUUGUUGUGGGGAAUCCCACGCCUCGUCCAUUGUGGAAGUUUCGAAAUGGCCCGGUCACCACUGGCCGCCAUUACGAGCUGACUGCCGACGGUCAUCUCAAUAUUCGCGGGUUGGAGCAAUCGGUGGCCGGAAACUACACGUGUUCAGCCACUAACCUCUUCGGUGACGACUCGAUCACCUACACGGUGGUUGUUGUGAUGCCACCCAGGACACCCACGCUGGAGUUACAGUACACAACAACGAAUAGCAUAAGACUUCGAUGGAGCCAUCCUAACAAUGGCGGCGCGACUAUACAAGGCUACGUGUUAAGCUACAAAAGGGACCAAGGUGGCUGGGAGGAAAUCGCAUUGUCGCCGGAGCAGACGGAGUUCAUCCUGACCGGGCUGAAAUGCGGUUCCUCCUAUUUCGCAUACUUGACGGCGCACAAUCGCGUGGGUACCGGCAAGCCGAGUACGUCCAUAAGCGCGACGACCAAAGGAACCGCCCCGCUGCUACCAAAAGACAGGGACAUUAUCAACGCCAACGGCACCUCCGUCAAGCUGAACCUAUUGUCCUGGCCCAAUGGCGGUUGUCCCAUACAAUACUAUACCGUAGAGUAUAGAAGACGAGUCAGCACCGAGCCAUGGAUCCUGGUAGCGAGUCGCGCGACGGAAAACCUGAUCAUAAGAGACCUGAAGACCGCCUCGUGGUACAGCCUGCGUUUAACAGCUCACAACGAUGCCGGAUUCACGCAGGCCCAGAUGGAAUUCGCGACUACCACGCUCAGCGGCGUCAGCAUAGGUCCCCCGAACGAUUUGAUCAUGGAGGACGACGUCAAGAAGGCCGUGCCUAAUCAGAAAGUAAUCUACGUGGUCGUGCCACUCGUCUGCGCUAUAGUGCUCAUCGUCUCGGCCGCUAUUUUGGGAUACGUGAUGCUGAAGCGCAGCGGAAGGGCGACAUAUUUAGGAGAAAUUCUUCCCGGCCAACAACAGAACCAGCAAUCGGGUCUCGGACUGGUCCAGCCGCCGCAACAUCAGCAACAUCAUAAUCUGUCCAGCUGCAUGUCCACCGUGCAAUUAAAAUCUACGGCGGAGCGCGAUAAUAGAAGGAAUCAUCAGGUUUACACCAGCUCCCCGGUGAAGCAGGAGAACCACAAGCCGAAUGACCAUGGAUCGGAAAUGUACGAGAUAAGCCCAUACGCAACGUUCAGCGUCCCCGGUAGAGAAAAUCGGUCCGUGACGACGGCGACGCUCGAUUACACCAUGCACUUCAAGACCUUCGGCCAUCUGGAGAACGAGGACACCAACACGAUCGACUACGAACGAUCCAGCGUCGAUUUCGAGAGGUCCAAAACCUCAAGGUGGCACAAGCAACGAUACUUCCCGAGCAUCGCGGAAGCCGAGAGCAAUCUGCGAUCCAGCCGGCAGGGCUCUGGAAGCGACACGUCCGGAAGUCCUUGCGGAGAGUGCAAGCUGCAAGGCGCGUGCUACAGGGUGCCUGUGAAACCUUGCAGAGACGUGUUCUCACGAGGAGUGGAGUCGAGUACAGAAUCAAACAACGAAGGUUCACCCUCGCUUGCGAGACGACGAAGCCGACAGCCGAGCCGGUCCACUCGCAGUUCGGUGGAGGACAUGACGUUGUUGCCGCCAAGCGGGUUUAGCGACAGCCGCGAAUUGAGCGACGUAGAAUGUGACCGUGAUCGGAAUCGAGAUCGUGACCGUGACCGUGACCGUGAUCGCGAUCGUGAUCGUGAUCGUGAUCGUGAUCGCGACUGGCAAGGUCUGUCAGCCGGGACCCGCCACGGCGGCAGCUUGGGUAGACUGCCGAUCGAGGCCGUCGAAUCUAUGCUCGCUAGGUAUCGACACGAACCUCCGUAGAUCGUAGUACCAGCAAAGGAAGGAGCAAGAGCGGCAAGAGUUCACAAUUCACGUAUGAUCGGGACUUAAAGAAUUCUAGCGGGAUGAUUCGGGGGAUGUAAAUGGAAAAGACUGUCUAUAACCGACUCGCGGAUUGUCAAUAGGAGGCCGUGGCUGUCGACGGCCAUUCUCGCGAGUGCGUCGAUGUAAAAACGGGUUUUUGCAAGCCGGGUGGCUUGAUCGCGUAACCACGCCGGGAACGGAUCUCGGGAGCAUCCCUGAAUGAACGCCAUUUUAAUCGUAGGAACACGUUCGAGAACAGAAAUAAGUCUGCACCUAAAAAUACUGCCGUUACGUUGGACGCCGUUUUGCGUUGCCCACGACCAAAGGUACGACCAUUUUGCGUUCGCCGACGCAUCGAAAGUACGACACACGAACAAUCCCGCGACGAUAUCGACCGGAAUUAUCCCGACGGUGAAAUCGGAUCGCUGGCCUGACCUUAGGAAACAAGUCAAUUUAGCGACGCGACUAAUGAAUUACACUCGAUUAUAAUCGUUCAUUGUAUAGCAUAGAUCCCGCGUGUCGUCGGCCAAGCUGCUGCGAACGAUCGCGUAUGACGAGCGAUCGAGUUUCCAUUGAUUUCCCUCCGCGAACGAUCGACGAACGUUUUCGCCGCGAGUUCAGCCGCCGAGCACCGACGAAAUGGCCGACGAGACCUUAGCUUGAGGGCCAAUUGUAUACAAUAUUCCUAGUUAUCGGCAUUAACGGGCCGCGAACGAGCGGCCCCGAUCUCUUUCCGUUGAUCAAAGUGAUUCCGUUGAUCGCUCUCGUUUCGUAGAUUAUCAAAUAUUUAUUGAGUCCGUCGAUCCGGGCGCGGUUGCGACCCGGAUCGAGGCGUGUGAUCGGAACGGAGAUACUAGCUUCUAAGGUGUAUAUACAUGUAAGCAAUAUAUUUAGAGGGUGGAUAAAUUAUCGGUAUAAACGAACCGCCUCGGUAACCGAUAGACUGUGGAUUUUUAUGCGACAUCAAAAUCGUCAAAUUCGAGAAACAGAAACUAGAUAGAAAGUUACUUCUUUCUUUACAUAAUUUUAGUAGAGCCUAAAUAACACAGUGGCAUGAAUAGUGGCACUCCUAAAUUCUUUUAAUUUCUCCACAAUAUUAAACAACAACUACUCAUUGUUGUUACAAAUGCAUAAAAUUCGCAGUCUAGUCAACAAUCGCGCUGUACAACUAAUUUUCUCUUCUCCACGGACUUCCGACUUUAAAUCGGUGCUUCGUGCGUCCUCACCGCGACGAUCAUUUUUUUUAAACGUAUCCACGUAUCUAUAAGACGAUAUUAAACUGUGUCGUCCUCUUCGGAAGACUCCGCAGAACGAUUCCACGUAACAGUGAUUUCCUCCGAACAGGAGAAGACAAACGUUGCUCGUUUCUCAGCGCACAAGAGCGAAACGCCCGUUUCAAAGUUGGCAGUCCAGGCCCGUGUUGUACAGUGUUCGGCCGUAAAUGGUACCUAAACUUCGAGGGCCGUUUUGUAACAUAGCCACUAUAAAUAAUAGGAGCCGUGCGACCUUUCGCAGUCUUUGCAUUCGGAGCUUUUCUAAAUUCACGAUCGGGAACCGGUUGCGGAAUUCGUUUUCUUGAAACGCGGAGAAGCAAAAGGUGAGGCGUCGCCCCCGGUGCGGCCGAAACGGCGCCGAUCCGAUCGAGAUCCGAUCCAAGAUACGAUCUUCGUUGCACAGACUGACGCGGGACAUUCGUGUGAAACUCUGGUCCUCGUUCUCGAGACCGGGGCCGAUUAAACUACGCUUACGUUCGUUUCUGCCAAACAGUUCUUCGUUCGAGGCCGUUUCGCCUCCCGAUCGCGACCAUCGAAACGGAGCACCGGUUUCGAUAUAUUCAAAGAGACGAGGGCAUACUUAUUAAACUAUAUUUUCCCGGGAAGAGAGAACGAAAAGACUUAAUCGACGUUCACUUUCCGCGAGCCACCAUCUUGAACGUCUCGAACAGACUGGAUCACGUAUAUUUAGAGUUUAAACGCCGCGUGUCGACGUUAGCGUCUUCUACAAGACCCUAAACGCGUGUCGCGGAGCACGAUAUUUAUUGACUGUUCCGAGCCUCGAGGAAGCUAGCCGAAUAUGGAGUGUACUUUGCUUUCGGACUGGCUUUCUUACAUUUUUGGGGGGUUUGCGGUACUUGUAACGGAUCCGUUCCUAUAUGUCACCUUUUCAAGAAGCAUUUGAUUCGAAUACUAUGUUCAUCCUAAGCAUCGGGCACACGCAAUCGUAUACAAUUGCGCUCGAUUUAACAGCCGUUUCGUAACUCGAGAUUCACACAUAAUUUUCUCGUCCGUUAAAGAUACCGUGGUCAUAAAAUGUCGCGGUUCCAUACUCGGCCACUUUCCUCGACUACGUACAGCUUAAUUUGAUAUUAACCAUGACAACUGCCAGCUUCAUUUGAAAGUCUCGAGAUCGCGUCUUCGAUUAACGAAGUUCCUCUCCGCGAACGCGCGGACGAGCAUGCCGAAAGUUCUUCCAGCGGUACUCGGAUUUGUAAACGAUUUAACUUUUUGACACAGUGUCUACGCUAUUGCGGACGCGAAUGUAUAUUGUAACCCGCGAAUCAACCGGCGCCGAGGGACGAAGAUUCCGCGGAGUGUAAAACAAUCGGAAAGAAACCGCGAACACGAAGCAGAGUAUGCCCUCUGACGAACCCGCGCGAGUUCGCCGAUUUGUACAGAAUGUGAUGGACUCGGCAGCUUCCAGGACGAUCGAGUAAUUAUUAAUUAGCUUAAGGGCGCGAACGAGACGACCGUGACUUCUGAUCGGUGUUUUGGCCAUGGCCGGGACUCGUGACCGUAGGUAGAAAAAAGAUCGGCCGAGAGAGAUUAGGGGAAUUUCUUCGUUUCUUCUCCUUCUUUUCCUUGCGGAUGGAGAACGCCAGUGAGAAUGAGAUCGUGCGUGAUGUAUAGGUGCUCGUCGGGCAACCCCGGCCGCGGACGAGCAAACUAUUUGUACAUGGGAAUCGUGAGACUCUAGACAUUUAUGUAUCAUAUCCUCGUAUAAGUAUCCGUGGACGAAACUUGAUGGAUUAACCGUCGUCCGUUACGGUUUAACGCGGCGACGGUGGAGUAUAAAUAAAACAAUCGAAAUGUCGUAACGAAGUGUCAAACUUUCAGAUGGUAUGUUAACUCAGCUUGUUAAUAAAGAAGAACGGACAUUUA